AUGUUUCGCUGCUGUCUUGAGAUCAUCCUCAUUCUUUGCCUUCUGGGGACUACUACUACGGUUUUCAGACAGAACGCUGUGCGACAAGAAACGACGGCUUGGCCGGCGGGGAGCGAUUACAAUCACUUUGUCCCACAUGGUAGGCCUCACUCGCGAGGUAUUCCCAGGCCGUCUGGACCUGAUCAGUACGAGGUCACCGCCCAUGCCUUCCACGACCAGAAUGCCCUGAACGAGACUCUUGAUUCUUGGCAAGGCCUCUCCCACGCCUUUGUCCGGGCCUCUCCAUACGACGGUAGCGGGCCUCAGAAGCUGUUUUCAGGUGACUUAUUCGAGAUUGCCGCUUUCCAUCAGAUCCACUGUCUGACAUCCAUCCUGGAGGAUUUUGGCCUCUUGGCUGCCGGCAUUCCCAAGGAGGAGCUGCCCGGUUAUCAUAGCGGGGUCACACUGACGUGGGAGGAGCACAAGGCGCACUGCUUCAACUAUGUCCGGCAGGCUCUAAUGUGCUUUGCUGACUCCACCGCCGAAGGCCACAUUGAGGGUGACACGCACCGAGUUGCUGAUCAUGGGGUAAUGCAUGUUUGCAAUGAUUUCGAUGCUCUGCUGGCGUGGUCAAAGGAACCCGAGCGGGCAUUGCCCAAGAGUUGGCGAGUGACAGAUUAA